UUUUUUUUUUGUUUUUUGAGGAAGUAUCGACAUUUUUGUUGCUGGAAAGUGAGCAAAAACAAAAAGUGGAAAAAAGAACGAGGAUAUUUUUGGCGUCGCAUAAAUUUGGGGAAAAGCUCAUAAUGUGCGACCAACCGUUCGACCACUUUUCUUCAUACUGCAGAGGAUUAUAAAUGAACAAAUGCAACUCUAUGCUCAAACGGCCCCGUUCACAGCGUUGCAUUGACGUUAGAACAUUCGAUUAGCAGACACGUAACGCAUAACGUAGUGAUUAGUGGUGUAACAAAUAUGUGACAUGUUUAACGAAUGAAAAAUAAUAGAUAAUAAUGAAAGUAAAUAACGAAUUAAAAUAAAAUUUAUUAACUGCGAAAAAAUACGAGACACAAAAAAGAAAAAAUAAAACAAAAAGUUAUCAACACAACUGGAAAAUUCUUGGCACGUGAGAAUGUGAAAAUGGCACAACUGUUUCUUUGUGUCCAAAAACAACAACAACGAUUACAAAUAAAAAAAUUCCAAAACAAUUAUUUGCGUGAAAAUAACAUAACGAGCGUGUUGCCACAUGCUUGCGACACAAACCAACAACAAAUAAAAUAUGUGAAAUAGUUUAGCGCGAAAAAACAACAACUAGAAGCAAUUAAGUUUUACAAACAACAACACAAUACAACAGCUAGUUGCCACAACUUGCCGCAAAACACCAAAAAAAAAAAAAAAACCAAAGUGAAAGCCUUGCCAGCAGCUAGCGGAAUUCAAUUGAACGUUAAGAAGAAAAGUAUAAAAGAAAAAUCAAUUAAAAACCAAAGUGUUACACAAUAAAUGUGAAAAAUAAAUAAAAAACAACAAAAACACAAUAGCUGCUAAAAAAUAUAAAACAUAGAAGCAUUUUUGAGCAACAGCAAACCGCAAAAAUUAUAUGAAAACAACAUAAAAAUAAUUAAACACAAAAUCACAUAAAAUUUCAAGCGCCACCCCACAUACACGCGCGUACACCGGUACAUACAGACCAACACUUCCUUGCGCGCUAUUUUAAUGUGCGGAAAUGACGCACCUGCAACCCCAACGUCGCUACCACUCUCCUAUGCGUUUUAAAGGAGGAGGUGGUUGUGAUGGUGGCACUGUUGGCAGUGAUGCUGUUGCAUAUAGUAUAAGCGCAAAUGUCAGAGCGGUGAGCAGUAGUGGUGGUGUCAGCAGCAGCAGCAACAUCAACAGCAACAGCAGUGAAAGUGCAACUGACGGUGUCGAAACAGUGUUUAACACUGCGGCUGUUGCGCUCGAUUACUGCAGUAAUGUUGUAAAUGCGCCUCUCCACACUUCGCCAUCAUCGUCGUCGCAAUACACCACCCUUGCCAGUGUUAGUGGUAGGCGCGCGCAUAUAACACGCGUCAGCCUGUGCCCCAACCGCCACGACCAACACCAGCGUCAGCGCCACCACCACCACCUCAGCACAAACCAACUCAUUCCAGCCAUUCCUUCACGUCGUCGUUGUCGCCCUCACUGCGUUCGCCAACAUCGCUCUUGUUGGCUUGCGUCGUCGUCGUCGUUGUUUUGUGUACAACAUUUCCUACUACUCGCCCAGCUUUUGCUCUUCGCCUGCGGCGGUUUCCUUCAGGUUGCCGUUGCCGAGCCAUAUGGUGGCUCUUCAUCUUCGGUGGGCAUACAUAUACCAGGCGGCAGUUUGGGUGUGAUUAGUGAAUCCCGCUGUCCGCGUGUAUGUUCGUGUAAUGGUCUAACUGUGGAUUGUUCGCAUCGUGGUUUGACGCAAGUGCCGCGCAAAAUAUCGGCGGAUGUGGAAAGACUCGAUCUGCAAGGCAACAACAUAACUGUCAUUUUCGAAGCUGACUUUCAACGCCUAACCAAACUGCGAAUACUCCAACUAACGGAUAAUCAAAUACAUACAAUUGAGAAGGGUGCUUUCCAGGAUCUGGUGUCACUGGAGCGACUGCGCCUUAACAACAAUCUGCUAAAGGCGAUACCUGAAAAUCUAGUGUCAAGUUCAGCGAGUCUUUUGCGAUUAGACAUUUCGCACAAUAUCAUAACGACUGUCGGCCGACGUGUCUUCAAGGGUGCGCAAUCUUUGCGUAGUCUGCAGUUGGACAACAAUCAGAUCACCUGUAUGGAUGAGCAUGCGUUCAAGGGUCUCAUCGAUUUGGAGAUACUCACUCUGAACAACAACAACUUGACUUCCCUACCGCAUAACGCUUUCAGUGGUCUAAAUCGCUUACGUGCUCUACGUCUCUCCGAUAAUCCCUUCUCGUGCGAUUGUCAUCUUUCGUGGUUAUCGCGUUUCUUGCGUAGUGCGCCACGACUCGCGCCAUACACACGCUGCCAGUCGCCUUCACAGCUAAAAGGUCAAAAUGUGGCUGAUCUGCAUGAUCAGGAGUUCAAGUGCUCAGGUCUCACCGAGAAUGCGCCAAUGGAAUGUGGCAUGGAGAAUAGCUGCCCACAUCCGUGCCGUUGUGCCGAUGGCAUCGUUGAUUGUCGCGAGAAGAGUCUCACAAGUGUGCCUGUGUCGCUGCCCGAUGAUACGACGGAAUUACGCUUGGAGCAGAACUUCAUUACCGAAUUGCCACCAAAGGCGUUUGCGAAUUUCCGUCGCCUUCGUCGCAUUGACCUCUCCAACAACAAUAUUUCGCGCAUUGCACACGACGCUUUGGCCGGGCUAAAGGCGCUCACCACACUCGUACUCUAUGGCAAUAAAAUAAAGGAUUUGCCCUCAGGCGUUUUCAAAGGACUCACAUCACUGCAACUACUGCUAUUGAAUGCCAAUGAAAUCUCCUGCAUACGCAAGGAUGCCUUUCGCGAUCUGCACAACCUCAAUCUGCUCUCACUCUACGACAACAACAUUCAAUCGCUGACUAAUGGCACCUUCGAUGCGAUGAAGAGCAUACAAACAUUGCAUCUGGCAAAGAAUCCCUUCAUUUGUGACUGCAAUCUUCGCUGGUUGGCUGAUUACUUGCACAAAAACCCCAUCGAGACAAGUGGCGCACGCUGUGAGGCCCCAAAGCGUAUGCAUCGCAGACGCAUUGAGUCGUUGCGUGAGGAGAAAUUCAAAUGCUCUUGGGACGAUAUGCGUAUUAAAUUGUCGAGCGAGUGUCGCGCAGAUGUCGAUUGCCCGGCUAUGUGUCAAUGCGAUGGCACUUCAAUUGAUUGUUCAGGUCGUGGCCUUAAAGAAAUUCCGCGCGAUAUACCGUUGCAUACUACCGAACUUCUCUUGAACGACAAUGAACUGGGCCGCAUCAAAUCGGAUGGUCUCUUUGGACGUCUGCCACAUCUGGUUAAACUCGAUUUGCGGCGCAAUCACAUAACCGGCAUUGAACCGAACGCCUUUGAGGGUGCGAAUCGUAUACAAGAAUUGGUGUUGGCUGAAAAUAAGAUACGCGAAAUUUCGAAUAAAAUGUUUUUGGGCUUGCAUCAACUGAAGACGCUAAAUCUUUACAACAAUCAAAUUUCUUGUGUGAUGCCCGGUUCAUUUGAAUUCCUGUCAUCGCUUACCUCACUAAACUUGGCUGCCAAUCCAUUCAAUUGCAACUGUCAUUUGGCCUGGUUUUCCGAGUGGCUCCGCAAGAAGGGUCUUGUCGGUGGUGCGGCACGUUGUGCGGCCCCCUCAAAAGUACGUGAUAUGCAAAUUAAGGAUCUGCCACAUAACGAGUUCAAAUGCACAUCGGACAACAAUGAAGGCUGUUUGGGUGAUGGCUAUUGUCCGCCCGCCUGCACAUGCACCGGCACCGUUGUACGUUGUUCGCGUAAUCAAUUAAAGGAGAUACCACGUGGCAUACCGGCGGAAACGUCCGAGUUAUAUUUGGAAUCGAAUGAAAUAACAAUGAUACAUUUGGAUCGGAUACGACAUUUGAAGGCAUUGACGAGAUUAGAUUUGAGCAACAAUCAAAUCACGUUCCUGUCUAAUUAUACCUUCGCCAAUCUGACGAACCUGUCCACACUCAUCAUCUCUUACAACAACCUGCAAUGCUUACAACGUUACGCCUUAGCUGGCCUGCAAAACCUACGCGUACUCUCACUACAUGGCAACCGCAUAUCCAUGUUGCCGGAGGGCACCUUCGAGGAUAUGAAGUCGCUAACACACAUUGCACUCGGCAGUAAUCCACUGUACUGCGACUGCUCGCUUAAAUGGUUCUCCGAUUGGAUUAAAUUGGACUAUGUAGAACCUGGUAUUGCACGUUGUGCCGAGCCGGAUUAUAUGAAGGACAAACUGAUACUCUCUACACCCUCUCACAACUUUGUGUGCAAGGGCAAAGUAAGCAAUGAGAUUAUGGCCAAGUGUGACGCCUGUUACACGCACCCAUGUGAGAAUAAGGCGCAGUGCAUACCGCUGCCCCAGCGCGACUAUCAAUGUCUCUGCCUGCCGGGUUAUCACGGCAAACAUUGUGAGUUUAUGAUCGAUGCCUGCUAUGGCAAUCCGUGUCGGAAUAAUGCCACCUGCACUGUGCUCGAGGAAGGACGUUUCAGUUGUCAGUGUGCGCCGGGCUAUACGGGCGCACGUUGCGAAACGAAUAUCGAUGAUUGUAUGGGUGAGACGAAAUGUCAGAAUAAUGCGACGUGCGUGGAUGGCGUGGAGUCGUACAGCUGCGAGUGUCAGCCGGGUUUUACGGGUCAAUACUGCGAUACAAAGAUCAACUUCUGCAGCGACGAGUUCAAUCCCUGCGCGAAUGGCGCCAAAUGUCACGAUCACUUCACCCACUAUACGUGCGAGUGCAUGGCCGGCUUUCAUGGCAUCAACUGCACACAGAAUAUAGACGAUUGUCAGAAUCACAUCUGUCAAAAUGGCGGCACCUGCAUAGACGGCAUCAAUGAUUAUGUCUGCAAGUGUCCGGAUGAUUUCACCGGCAAGUACUGUGAAGGUCACAAUAUGGUCUCUAUGAUGUAUCCACAAACAUCGCCCUGUCAAAACCACGAAUGCAAGCAUGGCGUGUGCUUCCAGCCGAAUCCUUCGGGUUCGGACUACCUGUGUAAGUGCCAUCCCGGCUACACUGGCAAGUGGUGUGAAUACUUGACGAGCAUUAGCUUCGUGCACAAUAAUUCGUUUGUGGAAAUGGAGCCGCUGCGUACCAAGCCGGAUGCCAAUGUGACAAUCGUGUUCAGCAGCACCGAGCAGAAUGGCAUACUGAUGUAUGAUGGUCAAGAUGCGCAUAUAGCGGUUGAACUGUUCAAUGGACGCAUACGCGUUAGCUAUGAUGUGGGCAAUUAUCCUGUAUCCACAAUGUACAGCUUCGAAAUGGUGGCCGAUGGUAAAUAUCAUUGUGUCGAACUGUUGGCUAUCAAGAAGAACUUUACACUGCGUGUGGAUCGUGGGCUCGCUAGAUCGAUUAUAAAUGAGGGCUCCAAUGAUUUCCUCAAACUAACGACACCAAUGUUUUUGGGCGGCCUACCGCUUGAACCGGGCCAGCAGGCGUUUAAGAAUUGGCAAAUACGUAAUUUGACAAGUUUCAAGGGUUGCAUGAAGGAGGUGUGGAUUAAUCACAAGCUGGUUGACUUCGAGAAUGCGGCCAAACAGCAGAAGAUAACGCCUGGUUGUGCGCUACUCGAAGGCGAGGCGGCGGAGGAUGAUGAGCAAGAUUUUAUGGACGAAACGCCGCAUAUUAAGGAGGUGGAUCCUUGCGAAAAUCACAAAUGUCGUCGCGGCAGCCGUUGUGUUCCUAACUCCACAUACCGUGAUGGUUAUCAGUGCAAGUGCAAGCAUGGUCAGAAGGGCCGUUACUGCGAACAAGGUGAGGGCACUACAGAGCCCGCCACAAUAACUGUGGCCUCCACCUGUCGCAAGGAACAGGUACGAGAAUAUUAUACGGAGAAUGAUUGUCGCUCGCGUCAACCGCUUAAAUAUGCCAAAUGUGUAGGCGGUUGCGGAAAUCAGUGUUGUGCUGCGAAAAUCGUACGCAGACGAAAGGUCCGCAUGGUGUGCAGCAAUAAUCGCAAAUAUAUAAAGAAUUUAGAUAUCGUGCGUAAGUGUGGAUGUACAAAGAAAUGCUACUGACUGGAAGAUGCGACUACCCAAAUGCACAAAAGUAGCUUAGAUUUAAAUUUAGGAGAACAUAGUAGUAACAAUAAUUUUAAUAUAAAUAUGAAUACAAAUAAUAAUAACAGUAAUUUAAGUGCUAGUUCUAAUUCUAGUGUAAGCAACGAGAAUGAAUGUAUAUUUAACUGUAGUAACACGCAACAACAUUUACUAAUAACUAACAACAAUAAUAAUAAUAAUAACAAUAGCAACACUAAAACGGGAAGACAAAUGAUGGCCGCUCAAGAGACAAAGACUGCGGAUGUAAGUGUGGAGGAGGAAGAUGUGCGGAGCACAAAUAUAACAAGCACAAGUGGAAGUGGGCUGAUGGUAGGUGCGCUGAGGGCACAUAAUCGCGACGACAUCAUGUAUAAUGCGGAAGAAGAAGAAACAAAGCAAGCAGUAAACAGAGGUGGCAUAUUGGUCGAUGAGAGUGUCAGCUACGAGACUGACGCUAGCAACGACCGUAUGCGUUCAAGCGGAGAUGAUGCUGGUUGGGAUGAUGAGUACGAAGACGAGGAGGAGGAGGAGGAGAAAGAUGAUGACGACGAAGACGAAGGCGAUGAUGAAAUGGUUGGUGAUGAGGACGAUACGUAUGCAGAUGAUGAUGAGGAUGAACCAGUAGUUGGAGCGGCGACGCCGACUACCCACUUCGAAUCGCUGCCCGAAGCGAAAGGUCUUGUGCAAUCGCUGGUAGGCGAUGAGAAUGAAUCGGUUAAAAUUAUGUCGCCAGAUGUAUUAAAUGCGAAAACUAUUUCGGCAAGCGCAAGCAAAGGGACUCAAGAGGAGGAAGAGGAAGACAUGGGUUUCGAUGAGGAUGAUGAACGGAUUGCGAUUAUUGUAGAGCGUCAACGUAGCAGCGGGAAUGACAACGAUAAAGGCUUCAUGAACGAGGAGGGCAGUGGCGCGGGCGGCGAUGGUGGAGCCUAUAGGCGCACCGAUGCAAAUAGGUACAAAAACAGUAGAUUUAGGUUAGAUUACCUAGAGAAAUAUCGUAGAAAGCAACAAAAGUUGCAAACGGAAUAUACGAACGGUAGAGGUCUAGCCGAUUCGCGAGAAGGCAGCGGCAAUUUUGCCAACGAUGAUGAUGAUGACGAUGAUGAUGAUAGCGAUGACGAUGCCGAUGAUGAUGAUGGCGUUGACGUUGACGAUGCUGGUGCCACCAACGCUGACGCUAACGAUGAUGCUGACCGCCAAGAAGGUGAUGGUUAUUUUAAUUCGAAACAUACGAAACCGAGUAAUCGCUAUUUCCGUAAGAAUACGAAUGACGCAAUUAAAAUAAUCUCAACACCGCUGGGCAAGGUCGGUAUUGUGUAUCAGCAGACGCCAACGAAUGAAGAUGGCAGCAGCAGCAACAACAACAACAACGCCAAUGGCAUUACAAACCUGAAGAAACAGGAUGCGCUUGGCGACAAGAAGACAAGUUCGUUUACGGACUUCGACGCGCUGUCGCCAGAUCCUGAGAGCAGUCAUCGCUUAGCAUCAUCUCAUCCGAAAAUUACGCCAGUCUUGACACCCGAUGGCAAGGUUGCACUGCUUUAUCGCGGCGACUCGGAGAAUUCCAAGUACGAACCGAUACGCAAUUUAACCCAUAAAUUUAACAACAACAAUAAUAAUAAUAACGAUUUUACGGACAAUAAAGCAACCGCUAGUGGUACAAUUAGUAAAGAUACACCUGAUUUACAAAACAACGAUGGUAGUGAAGACGAAUCGGCGGACGCGUCAGAGGACGAUGAAUAUGAUUUAGACAAUGAUAGCAGCGGCAAUAGCGAUAGAACACACUCGCGUAAGAGUAGCCUGCCCACAGAUGAAACGCAGAAAGCAGCUAUACAUCCUGCAACAGAUGCUGAUGCGCCCGCCGCUGCUGGUGGUUCGUUCAUCAUACGCCCCACCGAUUCUGUACUGCCCAUGAUCAACCGGCCACUUUCCGAAGUGCUCGGUAUCAAAAAGAAUCAAUUCAAGCAAUUCCGCAUCAAAGAUAUACCAACAAAUCCGCCGCCCAUUGCCGAAGCGCCCGGCGAUCCACGCUCACUUGCCGGCACCUCCAUCGACCGCACUAUCGAUACAACGACACUACACUUCCUAACAAAAGUCAAUUUAGCCGAAUAUCCAACAUCGAUGAAGACGCGAAACUUUGAUUUCGAUUUUAGUCGCGACAACACAAUGCUAGACGAACGUUCACGACACAAAGAACAUCAAUAUCAUCAACAACAACAACAGCAGCAGCAGAACUCUGCAAGUGGUGCAACAAAUAGUGAUGAGGCGGGCAGUAAUAAUAAUAAUCUUAAUACGAUAGCCAACGAAGAGGUGCUCGCCAAAACCGAAGUGGUUAAUCUGGCGAUAAUACCACAUUUCGAUGAGGAGCUCGAACGUCUGCAACGUUUGCGUGAACAUGAAACACGUCGUCACUAUCGUCAACGCUACCGCCAAAAGCCGAGCGAAGAGGAGCUCUCGGGUAUACAUUGCAUCAUGCAGGCCAUGAUGGGCAUAGCGGCGAUAUCGACGGUAUUCGGUAUGUUGGGUACAUUCUUUAAGCAACGAAUACUUGAUCAAAUACGAUUGAUGCAUUGGUAGUACCGAAAGGGUAUUCGAUUGUUGGAGAGCGGCGAAUAUGUUUUUUAUAUUUGGUCGGCAGUUACAAUUGAAUACCCCAGUUCAUCCGCACAACAACACCAACAUCAACAUCAGCACCAAAAACAACAACAACAACAACACAAUAUACAUAUAAACAGAAACAAUAAUAACAACAACGCAGCUAUUAUAGGCAGAAUUUUAUGUAAAUCUAUUUCCAUACACACAUACAAAGGCAUAGCACAAACGAAGAAGCUUUUAAUCAUACUAUUUACUAUAUAAAAAUAUACAAACAUACAUACAUACAUACAUACGAAAAACCGCAUUUAUACAACGCAUAUAAGAAAACGAUCAUAUUUUGUUGUUGUAGGCUUCUGCCCUUAAUUUCGAGUUUUUUCUUUAAGAUAUGCCGUUAUUUACAGAGAAUUAUUGACAAAAUAUUGUUAAAUUAUUCGAACUUCUUUUGAAUUUCUGGUCUUAUUGCUUAAAUAUAAUAUUUAUUUACAGAAUUUUUUUUUUUUGUUUUUCAAAAAAGUACAAUAUUGGGUUUUUUUAAUAUAUUCCACUUCUUAAAAAGUUAUAAUAUUGAGUCAACGUAAACAAAAUAUUUUUUCCACCAUAAAUUUUUCAAUUGCAUUCGCACAACCAAAAUUAACGUCUACAACACACAUCCUCUAUACGUACAAAAAUGUACAUGCCAUUAUUUACACGAAAAAAUAAAUAUGUAAAUCGAACUUGUAACUAAUCGACUAAUAAACAUUUGUAUUCAUACUAACAUUAUUACACAGUUCACGAACAUAAAUACAUACAUGCAUACAUACAUACAUACAUACAUAAGUAUUAAUCAUAUUCAUGCAUUAACUUUUUAAAUGUAUUUCCUCCCCUCACUAUAAGCUUAAGCUGAACAAAAUACAUAUGUAUGUAAACUAUUUACUACCGCUACUAACUACUAUUUAUGUAAUGCUCCUGCAUACAUUUAACAAACAUACAUACAUUCACACAUACAUAUAUAUGUACAACUACUACAUACUAAUGCUAAACACCAACAAAAAGAAAAAAAAAUUGUGAAAAAAAUUUAUUAAUACUUCCUUAAAAAACACACACACAUAUUUAAUGGAUUCGUGCAAGAAGCUACCCAGAUGAAGAAAAAAUAAUAUACAUACAUAUAUACAUAUAUAUAUGUAUGUCACGCGCUGCGCAUGCGCUAAAGGCAAAGCGGCUUAAAAAAAAUUACGUGAAGAAUACAAAGAAUGCAUCAGAAGACCAUCUUGCUAAGCGCAUUGCAAGUGAAAAACAACACCAAUUGUUGCCACAAAAAGUUGAAAAAGCGCAUAAGCGUGACGCAAAGUGUUCGUUAAGGAUGUUUUUUGAAAAUUUGUUCGGUAUUCCUUUUUUCAUCUCUUCUCUACAAACUUCGUUACCAGUUGAAAAUACCUGGAAGAUCAAAAAAAAAUAAAUAAAAAAAUACAUAACACACUCAAAAGAGCUAGUUCUCUACCCCGCGUUGAUGCAAAGCAUUAGAAAUGCAAACCAAGUCAAUUUGUAAAUUUUUAAUAAACAACUCUCCACCAAGACACACAGCCACACUCAUCGAAAAACACACACUCUCCACAGGCUAAAUCCAACUACAAAAUACACUCAAACACAAACGAAAUACAUAUGAAGUUUCACACAUUCAUAUAUAAUCCUAGUUCGUACACAUUUUUAUUAAAAUAUUUGUCUUUUAACUAAAGCACUUCUUAAUAUUUUUAUACGUACAUACAUCCAUUCAAAAACAGCACAAAAAUCAUUUAGCUAACAAAAAGCAUUUCAGGACACAGAAAAUAUUUAUUUGAGAAAGAAAAACGAAAGCAUUCUUCAGCGCCAAAGCAGCUUUGAAUAUGAAAAAAAAAUAUAAAGAAAAAAAAAAUAAAUAAACGUUAAAAAAUUGUUUCAAAAUUAAUUAUGAAAGUGAAAAAUAGUUGCAAUAAAAAUCUUUUAAAAGCACAAUUUGCGUGAAGUUGAAUGAAAGUGGCUUUUAAAAUAAAUUAAAAAAAAAA